CUGCAAUGUCAGCAGCCGCAGCGGCGGCGGCGACGAGAGCGGCAGUGGCCCGGGCCCCGCGGUAGCCGCCAGCGCCGCACGGCCCGGCACGCGCACAGCGCGACUCCGCGGCCACCUCGCGGCCUCCGGGGCGCCGCGGGCGGCUCUGCGUUCCUCGGUACUGCUCUUGGACACCGGGCCAGCCGGUCUGCGGCCACGCACAAAGGACCACGGACACCGGGCGUCCGGGAACUGCGCCCUGGGACCUGCCAGGGAAAGCGGCGGUUCCGCGUCUCCACGCCUUCCCUCCUUGGGCGGCCGGAGCCCUCGCCGGAGCGGGCCCGUCAUAUGACAGCGGAGACACAGCGGCCAGCGAGCGCCGGUGUAACCAGCUCCGCUGCGCCACGGCCGACAGCUCCUGGGGUGGCCCUCGCCGCGCCCCGCUGAGCGGUCUCCUGCCGCCGCCCCAAACCCCGCGCGACCCACCUAUCCAGCUCCGGUGUCAGGAGACCCGGGGAGCCCCCCGCCAGAACCGAGCCUAAGAUGGCCACGCUGCUCCGUAAAAUCGGGCUCAUUCGCCUGCACAACCGGGACACGGAGGACCCCAAGCACCACCAUAACCACCGCGGCGGAGGCGGCGGCCAGCAGAGCGCUUCGCUGCGCGGCAAAGGCGGCGGCAAGAGCGGCGGCCACAAGCAGCAACAGCAGCAGCAGCAGCAGCAGCAACACCCCGGGGGCGCGGGCGACGCCAGCCCCGGGCCGGGCAAGGGCAAGAGCAAGCGCGCGGCGGAGCUGGCCGCGCGCGACAAGCAGCCGCAGCCAGCCGCGGGGGCGGCGGGGGCGGCGGGCGCCGGGGGGCCCCGGGAGCGGGCGGCGGGCGCCAGGGCGGGGCCGGGCCCCGCGGUGGCCGGGGCGGCGGUGGGCGGCAGCCUGGUGCCCGCGGCGCGCCAGCAGCACUGCACACAGGUGCGCAGCCGGCGGCUCAUGAAGGAGCUACAGGACAUCGCGCGCCUCAGCGACCGCUUCAUCUCGGUGGAGCUGGUGAACGAGAGCCUCUUCGACUGGAACGUGAAGCUGCACCAGGUGGACAAGGACUCGGUGCUGUGGCAGGACAUGAAGGAGACCAACACCGAGUUCAUCCUGCUGAACCUCACCUUCCCGGAUAACUUCCCCUUCUCGCCGCCCUUCAUGCGGGUGCUUAGCCCGCGACUGGAGAACGGCUACGUGCUGGACGGCGGCGCCAUCUGCAUGGAGCUGCUCACGCCGCGCGGCUGGUCCAGCGCCUACACCGUGGAGGCCGUCAUGCGCCAAUUCGCUGCCAGCCUGGUCAAGGGCCAGGGACGGAUCUGCAGGAAAGCUGGCAAGUCAAAAAAGUCCUUCAGCCGCAAGGAAGCCGAAGCAACCUUCAAGAGUUUGGUGAAGACUCAUGAGAAAUACGGCUGGGUCACCCCUCCCGUGUCUGAUGGCUGAUGCCUGCACGCACCCUAGACGCUUGAGCCGCCCGUCCACACUCCAUCCUGCCAUCUUCUCCCACCGCUGCGCGUCUUCUACCCUUUUCUACUCCAGCCAGAACUGUGUCCUGAAUGCAGAGGACACGCUUAAGUUAUUUAUGAACUGAUGUGUUUACGGAGAGAAAGAGCAAACUGUUCGGGAUUGUGUUUCCAUAAUAAAGGACCGUCUCUAAGUCACUUUAGAACAAAGGUCGAGAUGGUGAUGUUUCCCAGCCCCAACCCCCACCCCCCUACCCACCUGUCGCAUUGCCCUUAGCUUCUUUCCAGGACAGCAGCUCUGAGCAGCCGGCGGGAAUCUCAAAGCCCCGCCCACUUCAUUUCCAUGUACAAGGCUCUGUUCCCAAGUCAGGAGCACCACACACCACCACCGGGCCCGCUGGCCCCUGUUCGCUGUACUCUGUAUCUGUUUCUCUUCCUGGCAGGUCGACAUAACUUGAAGACAUAUCUUUCUUUCUGUGGCCUGUGGUCUGCUGUGAUGAUAUUUAGACCUCAUUCAUGCUAUGACCUUUGGCUCAUGAAAACACAAAUCUAACAUUGCCAGGCUCUAGCGCUGACUUAAAACUACAACUGCCCUCUCGAUUAAAAUGUGCUCCCAUGCUUAUCUUGUGCUGUGCUGCUGUUCACAGAUAAACCAGUGCCAUUUGAUGAGAGGCAGGGGGUGCUGCGGCCACCAGGGAGGUUCAGGACAUAAGGUGCAUGCACCCCCCCUGGGGCUCAGCGCAGCAGAUGGGCCAGAGGGAACAUUCUCUUCUGACUUUAGGGAAUGCUCGACGACAGGGCGUCUGCAUCCAUCUCUCAGCCACCACAAGACAAUUGCCCAUUUGCUGAGGUCAUCGGACUCAUUUUGUCUUCCGUGCUAGUGACAGGAGACACCAGAACUGCCAAAGGACACCAAGUGACUCGAGGAGGACUUGCAUGACCCGGUCUGUUACUUCACCCGCUCGUCACUUGUGCGUCCCCGAGGUUGAGGCAGGAGCACCCUCACCGCGGUGUGAACCUCCUGUGAUUUAAUCUCCCCACACUUUCAUUUGCUCUUCUGUUAAAUUACCUAGAAAUUCCUAAGAAACUCCAUGAAAUGAGGAGAUGAUGUUUAUGAGAACAUGCAGAAAGAGGUAAAAUGUUCAUUCCAAGUGGAAAAUCCUAUUGGACACAUUUUAAAUAAAACCAUGCAUACCUG